GCGCGAGGCGGGCGGCCUGCACUUCCGGCGGCCAUGGCGGCUGAGGCGGGCUGAGGCCGCGACGGGGACCGCGAACAUUUACAGAUGACAGAAGACCUUUUACAAUUAAGGCUUUGGCAACUAUGGCAACCCGCUGGAACAGGGCCCUUCUCCUGUUUCUAGCAUCUCAAGUGCUGUCCGUGAACAGCUUUGAGGAAGAGGAAGUUCCCGCAGAAUGGGUACUCCUGCAUUUAGUUCAGGGUCAGAUUGGCGCUGGAAAUUAUAGCUAUUUGAGACUGAAUCACGAAGGGAAGAUCAUCCUUCAGAUGCAGAGCUUAAAGGGCGACGCAGACCUGUACGUAUCUGAUACCACGCUUCACCCAAGUUUUGAUGACUACGAGUUACAAUCAGUUACUUGUGGCCAGGAUGUCGUUUUCGUGCCGGAACAUUUCCAGCGCCCUGUGGGAAUCGGCAUCUAUGGGCACCCGUCGCACCUUGAAAGUGAAUUUGAAAUGAAAGUAUAUUACGAUCAAACGGUUGUAGAGUAUCCAUUCGGCAAGGGCACGUACGGUACAGACGGUUCAGAGGCAAGCCGCAAGCAGUCUUACACACCAGAAGAGACAUCUCAAGAAGAGGAGUCAGUGGUUUGGACAAUACUAAUUGGAAUUUUGAAACUAAUACUUGAAAUUCUUUUCUAAUAUCAUCAUUGGAUACCCUGGAAUAUGGAACCCCUGACCUGUUCAAUUAACUGUGUUUGCUGUGGGAACAUUUAUAUAGAUCAAAAUGUGGGGAUCAGGGUGCCUUUUUUAUAUAGGGGAGGGUGGGAAAGUCAAGCCAUAUUUAGUUUUGUAUUUAAUUCCACAACAGGGAAAACAGCAAGCACAAUAUUUGUAAUUUUGACUAUAGAGUUGGAGAAUGUACAAUAAAGUAAUUGCAGAAAUUUCAUCAUCUUGAACAGUUUUUCAGAGUGAAAGGAAAAUGCACUUCAGUGGGUUGGUCUUAGGUAAAAGUCUCAUUGUCCAGUUAGAAUUUGAUUUUUAUUUUGUAAAAUCGCAACAGAUGUUAAAUUUUGGUCUUGGAAAGCCAACUUAAGUGAAGUUUUUUCUAAUGUUUUUUGCACUUUAAGGAGGUUAGAAGCGGGGAACAACUAGGGAACAGAGCCAUGUGGACUGUACAGCUGCCCAAGAAUAAUCCAGUAUUAAAUUAAAAAGAAGGUGAUUAGUUCUUGCUUGAGAUUUUAAUAAAGACUCACUUUAAUUAUGCU